AUGGGGACCGAAGGUCCACCCCCCGAUGGGGGAACAUAUAUCGGCAAAAGAACGCUUCCUUGUUGGAUGGACUCUAGUGGCGACCAAAUUAAUACCGUGACACUUCUUUUGAGAGCGGUAAGUCAUUCCGAUGUCAAUGAUAGUUCAGACUCGAGUAUACCUCCCACCCCCACCACUCCUGAAGCUAAACUUCCCUUGAAUCCCUUUCUCAUCGAAAAAACUGUCGACCUGGCGCUUGAUGGCAAGGCUCGAAAAUUGGUCUCAGCUACUAAAGAAGCCCGCGGAAAUCGUUACGUUCUGAGAACCACUUCAAAAAGCGCAUGCGACAAGCUUCUCGCGAUCAAACAGCUAAUCGAUGGUACCCCAGCCGAAGUCGUCUUACACCCAUCACUCAGUUUUUCGCAAGGUAUCGUCUACGAUGCGGACACCAUCGAUUUUAACACAGACACAAUUCUGGAAAACCUCGUCAACCAAAACGUAGUUGCCGUACGUAGGAUCACCAAGAAAUCGGGUGAAACUAUCAAAAACACCCCGCUUCUAGUCCUAACUUUCCGUGAACACAAGAUACCUGCAUUUAUUUAUUACGGACUCAUCCGGCUCCCUGUUCGUACAUACUACCCUUCGCCUUUGCUCUGUUAUGGUUGCGCGAAAUACGGACACUCUCGAAAAAACUGUAAUCAAACCCCGAUCUGCCUAAAUUGCUCCACCGCCCACGACCAACCAUGUACUAACCCGAAAUUCUGUCUGAACUGUAACGGGAAUCACGGCCCUACUGACCGGGAAUGUCCGGUAUACCAGGAGGAAGUAGCAGUAAUAAAGCUUAAAACUGACCAAAGUUUGACAUACGGGGAAGCACGAGCUGAAAUAAACAAUUCCAAGCGAUGUACCACAUAUUCCAGUCAAGCUCAAAGUAUUCGCCCACAGGUUGACGGCGACAAAGACCGCCAAAUCAAAGCGCUUCGCGAAGAAGUAAAUAAGAAGAACCAGCAGCUAGAAGAAAUCAAGAAACUCAAAGAGGAGAAUCUGAAAAUGAGAACACUUAUAAUCAAUACAAAAACUAAUAAUUACAGCCAGGAAAUAGAUGCCAUUCGAAAAGAACUAAACAAAUACAGAGAGGCUUACCAUGCAACGUUUAAGGAAUUGGCGGCUAUUAAAGCUGAAUUGUCCACAAAUAAUAGUAUUACUCUAACCGCUGAUACCCAUAGCCAACAGCAACCCAAAAAAGCUAAGCGAAGCGAAAAUAAAUCGGGCGAUGAAAGCAACGAGGUCCGACGACUCCCUACCCGAACACAAAGUAAUAUACCUAAAGCGGCAAAUUUGGAACACAGCUUCGUAACUCCACCCACUCAAAAUACCAGAGGACGAAAUAGGCCAGAAAGUAACAACCAGACCACUCACAAUACCAGAAACCGAGCUAAUAACCCUGAACCGUCGCAAGGGCGUGUCUAUACUACUCUACCCGGUAUGGACAUAGAUGAUGUUACUAUCUCCGAUUAA